GCCCCCGGGCCGUCCCCUUCAACACUUUCCCGGUGCAUUCUCAUCCCCCCAGAAAAGGCAAUCAACUGCUUAUCACCGCUCCGAGCCGCACCGUCCCAGGCUGCUCUUUGAGCCAUCUUCACGCUACCUACCUUACCUUAUCUGCUUGCGAUAGGAGAGCUAGUGUGCCUAACCCGGGCAGCUACCCCACCUCGUAGCUGAGCUCAUUGCCAAAUCCGAUCGCCUGGCCCAGACAGCCUUCUGCCUCGAUUUCUGUUCCUACUCCUCUGAAUCAUCCUUCAGAAUCAAAAUCAGCGGGAUCUGAUUGGAAUUGAUUGGCGACAUGGCGACCGAGAAAGUCCCGGUUAGGGAGCGGCGCCCCUCGGUUGGAGCUCCCAUUGUCGACAUCCAGGGGUCCGUGGUGCCGGCAGGCAUCUCGCGCCCCAAGCACAGGCGCACCUUUACUGGUUUUGGCGCGGGCGAGAUCAAGAGUGUGGAAGCCUCCAUCCCCGAACCCCAGCGCGAGGCCUGGUUGAAACACCAGACCAGCCCCUUCAAGGACAAGGAUGGCUUCGAGCGCGAGGUUGUCCGCCACGUCGAGACCACCCUCGCCCGCAGUCUCUACAACUGCGACGAGUCGGCCGCCUAUGCAGCCUGCGCCCUCGCCUUCCGCGACCGCCUGAUCCUCGAGUGGAACCGCACUCAGCAGCGCCAGACCUUUGCGGACAGCAAGCGCGUCUACUACCUCAGCCUGGAGUUCCUGAUGGGCAGGGCGCUCGACAAUGCCAUGCUGAAUGUUGGGCAGAAGGACCUGGCGAAAGCUGGUCUCGCUGAACUGGGUUUCCGCAUCGAGGAUGUCAUCCAGCAGGAGCACGAUGCCGCCCUCGGCAACGGCGGUCUCGGCCGCCUGGCCGCCUGCUUCCUCGACAGUCUGGCCAGUCUGAAUUACCCGGCUUGGGGCUACGGCUUGCGGUACCGCUAUGGCAUCUUCAAGCAGGAGAUCAUCGACGGCUACCAGGUCGAGGUGCCAGAUUAUUGGCUUGACUUCAACCCCUGGGAGUUUCCCAGGCACGACGUGACGGUUGAUAUCCAAUUCUACGGCCACGUCGUCAAGUCUACCGACGAGUCCGGCAAGACGGUGUGCCGCUGGGAAGGCGGCGAGACCGUCAAGGCCGUCGCGUACGACGUGCCCAUCCCCGGGUACGACACGCCCACGACGAACAACCUGCGGCUGUGGUCUAGCAAGGCUGCCAGCGGCGAGUUUGACUUCCAGAAGUUCAACAGCGGCGACUACGAGAGCUCGGUUGCCGACCAGCAACGCGCCGAAACCAUCAGCGCCGUGCUCUACCCGAACGACAACCUCGACCGCGGUAAGGAGCUCCGCCUGAAGCAGCAGUACUUCUGGGUUGCCGCUUCGCUAUACGACAUAGUCCGUCGCUUCAAGAAGUCGAAGCGCCCCUGGAAGGAGUUCCCAGACAAGGUCGCUAUCCAGCUCAACGACACCCAUCCGACGCUCGCCAUCGUGGAGCUCCAGCGCAUCCUGGUCGACCUCGAGGGUCUCGAGUGGGACGAGGCGUGGAACAUCGUUGUCAACACCUUCGGCUACACGAACCACACCGUCCUGCCCGAGGCCCUCGAGAAAUGGUCUGUGCCGCUGAUCCAGCACCUACUGCCGCGGCACCUGCAGAUCAUCUAUGAUGUCAAUCUGUUUUUCUUGCAGAGCGUCGAGCGUCAGUUUCCCAACAACCGUGACCUCCUGCGGGAAGUCUCGAUUAUCGAGGAGUCGCAACCUAAGAUGGUGCGUAUGGCCCACCUGGCCAUUGUCGGCUCUCACAAGGUGAACGGCGUGGCCGAGCUGCACUCGGACCUCAUCAAGACGACCAUCUUCAAGGACUUUGUUGAGAUCUUUGGUCCUGACAAAUUCACCAACGUGACCAACGGCAUCACUCCGCGCCGGUGGCUCCACCAGGCCAACCCGCGCCUAUCCGAGCUGAUUGCCAGCAAGACGGGCGGCAAGGGCUUCCUGACGGACCUGACUCUGCUGAGCAAGCUGGAGCUCUACGUCGACGACAAGGAGUUCCGCAAGGAAUGGGCCGAGAUCAAGUACGCCAACAAGGUGCGCCUCGCUAAGCACAUCAAGGCGACCACCGGCGUCACCGUGAGCCCAUCCGCGCUCUUCGACGUGCAGGUCAAGCGCAUCCACGAGUACAAGCGCCAGCAGAUGAACAUCUUUGGCGCCAUACACCGCUAUCUCACGCUCAAGGCCAUGACGCCCGAGGAGCGGCAGAAGCAGUUACCGCGCGUGUCCAUCUUCGGCGGCAAGGCUGCGCCGGGCUACUGGAUGGCCAAGCAGAUCAUCCACUUGAUCAAUAAUGUGGGUGCGGUGGUCAACAACGACAAGGACAUUGGCGACCUGCUCAAGGUGGUCUUCCUGGAGGAUUACAACGUCAGCAAGGCCGAGAUGAUCAUUCCGGCUUCCGACAUCAGCGAACACAUCUCGACUGCGGGCACCGAGGCUUCUGGGACGAGCAACAUGAAGUUCGUGCUCAAUGGCGGUCUCAUCAUCGGAACCUGCGACGGCGCGAAUAUCGAAAUCACGCGCGAGAUCGGCGAGAACAACAUCUUCCUCUUCGGCAACCUGGCCGAGGACGUGGAGGAGCUGCGGCACGCGCACCUGUACGGGCAGCACACGAUCGACGCGGACCUGGCGCGCGUGUUCGACGAGAUCGAGAGGGGCACGUUCGGCAACCCGCAGGACUUCGCGGGCAUGGUGUCGGCCGUGCGCGACCACGGCGACUACUACCUCGUGUCGGACGACUUCCACAGCUACCUCGAGACGCACGCGCUCGUCGACGAGGCCUACCGCGACCAGGAGCAGUGGCUCACCAAGUGCAUCACCAGCGUCGCCCGCAUGGGCUUCUUCAGCUCGGACCGCUGCAUCAACGAGUACGCCGAGGGCAUCUGGAACAUUGAGCCGCUCGUCGUGGACAGGGAUAAGGAGACUGCGGCGCCCAAGGAGGCAGCAGUGGUGACGGACGGCGGCGAGGCGUAGGAGGCAUAACGCGGCGCGCUGAAGGUGGUGGGUGGCGACCGGGCGGCGCCGCGGCCUGGGCUGGGGGUCUUCUUCCAGUUCCGCCUGCGGCU